AGGUAGAAGGUUGAUAAUUAAUUACAUGAUUGGAAAUAUUCUAGUGUUCCAUUACUAUAAAUUUACUACUAAAACAUAGCGGGGGUGGCCUGGCUCAAAGCUUAUCUAUCAACUCCGCUGUUGAUGUUCUAUAUGCCACUAUGUCUUCGGAAUCUCCGAAUUGUAUACGGAGUAAUCAAAAGUUAAGGUUUUUGGUGGUGACUCAGAAUUCACUAUGACUCGAUUCCGAGCGCCGUUAAUACAAAGGCUUUAAUCUCUCUUAUAUAUAGCGACCGGCGUCAUGGAGCCGUCCGAUUUACCUUCAGGAUAUCAAUGGCACAAUACGCAGCUCAAUCUGAGCGUCUUUGGCUAGAGCCAUUGAUAGUAGAGAAACAUCUCGAUGCCUAUCACAAAAUGAGCUCUGAUCCGCGAGCUGCUUCAUGGACAAAACCAAGCGAGUCCAUCGAGGAGAGUAAAGCAUACAUGAUUGAAAGAACACCGAACCCCGAAAGGCCGUGGAUUGAGAACUAUGCAAUUCUGCUUCGGCCGACAACAUCUACCCCCGCCGAUCAAAAGCCUGAGCUCAUUGGCGCAAUUGGAGUGAUAAGAUUCGAAGCUGGGCACGGUGCGGAAAUUGGUUAUGGUAUACAUGCUGGUUAUCAUGCUAAAGGAUUUGCUACUGAAGCCAUGAAGCUAUUUGUGGGGCUAUACUGGAGUAAAGAAAGAGAGGGAGAUUGGAACACAUUGGUGGCGGCUAUAGACCCCGAGAACCUUGCCAGUCAGAGAGUAGUAAAGAAGAUAGGUUUCACAGAAGGAGACUUGCAAGACGAGGAACACGAAAUGUGGAUGAAAGGGGGAAAGGAGAAGAAACCCGUGAGGCACAGAGAAUGGCUGCUGUCGAGACCAGUGUGA